CACAUAUUCAGACACGUGGUCAGCAUCAUGAAGCUGUGGACACCUCUACUCACGACAUUCCUGUGUGUGGUGCUGCUGUCCGUGCUGGCAGAAAUUAAGGACAGACCGGGUACAGGGGAUAAAAGCCUCAUUGAGGAGUGCUGGGGACAUCCAAACAUCGUUGAUUGUACCAGGAAGUGUUCCAAGUCCUUUAAAUGUGCAAGGGUCAAUCACACGUGCUGUUGGACCUACUGUGGGAACAUCUGUUGGAAAGCUGCGCCAAUCUAUACAAGACAGCUAAAAACCGCAGCCUCUUACUUGGGGCACCAGUCGGUCCUCACUGAGGGCUGGGCAGGAGGAAGACCUUGACAAAUAAACUCACUUACC